ACCUUUGAGCUGGUUUUCUCAACGGAGGAAAGGGUUACUGGCCUGAAGCCAGUCCACAGAGAUUCAGCUGCCAAGAAGUGAGUUGAAAGAGGCAUUGGGAACAAGAGGCCUGGAGCAGGGAAACGACACAUUCGCUUUCCAGAAAAGCUGAAAACAACACUAUGGAAGAAUUCACUGGCGGGGACGUUUACCAGAAGGAGUUCAACCCUCAGGCCUAUCUGGAAUAUUUCAAGUUUGGAAGUCACACUUUGGGGGACGAGUCCAUCACCUAUUACCUGGAAUGCCUUUGCCAGACCUUCGCUUCAGGUUCCCUGAAAGGAGACACCUUGAUCGAUAUAGGCAGUGGCCCCACCAUCUACCAACUCAUGUCGGCCUGUGAGUCCUUUGAGACCAUCAUUGCCUCUGACUACCUUGACCAAAACCUCCAGGAAAUAGAAAAAUGGUGGAAGAACGAACCUGGAGCUUUUGACUGGAGCCCUGUGGGGAUCUAUGUAUGCGAGCUGGAGGGGAAAAGAACCACGUGGUCCGAGAAGGAGGCCAAGCUCCGAAGGGCCAUCCAACGGGUCCUGAAGUGUGACGUCAACCUCCAGAACCCAAUGGCCCCCCUCCACUUGCCCCCGGUGGACUGUGUCCUCUCCACCGAAUGCCUGGAGGCCGCCUGCAAAGACCAAGCCAGCUACAGGGCCGCUUUGAGCAACAUCAGCUCCUUGCUGAAACCUGGGGGCCAUUUGGUUCUUAGUGGGGUUUUGGAGACCACCUUCUAUAUGGUGGGCACCUGGAAGUUCUCCAGCUUGUUUCUAACAGAGGAGUUCCUGAAGGAAGCCCUCCCAGCAAGCGGUUUUAACAUUGUCCAGUUCAAAACAAAAUCCCGAGUGGAUAAAGGGAUGCUGGAUUUGUGUGAUUUAACUGAAUUUUAUUUCAUUGUAGCCCAGAAAGGGACGGAGGCCUAAGGCCAUCAAAAAGUUUGGAAGACACAUGAAUAUCCUCAAAGUAGGCUGUGUUUCUUAUCCUUUUUCAUUCCACAUAGUCUGCCACUGAUUCACAAUGGAUCCCAUGUUGCUCGGCUUCUGUGCAGCAGCAAUAGCUUGUUGGCGCAAGAUGCUGUCACAGUCUUAGAAAGUUUUAAUAUUUAUUUCAGUUUUAACAUUGUCAUUUUAGCAUCUAAAUGUUUAAUACCAUUUUAACUAUCUUAUUCAAUACUGAGUUUUUAACUUUGUUUUGACAUUAUUUCCUAAUACCCAAAUGUAUAUGUGCCUAUCCUGACAUUUGUACAUUUUUUUGAUGUUGGCCAUUGACCGUAAUAAAUCUUGUAUGUAUGUAGUAUAUGCCAUGUUAUCCAGAUACAACCUACUUCUCAGUGUUGAUGGGAAAAGGAAAUACAAUAAAGUCUUAGAGGAAUAACAAUAGAA